CUUCGCUUGUACAGUGCUACCGAUGAUGUGUUGCUAAGAGUCCGCCAAUUCGGAGAGAGAUUCUAUAUAUCUUCAGAGCGCGCCUUCACGCCUAGACGUUUCUGUCUAGUAUUUCCUCCAGACAUGAGCGUCAUCAGCGAUCCAUUCGGCAUGAUUCUUGUCUGCGUAUUUUUAAGCAUCUUGCUUCUAGGCGUCAUGAUGGUCCAGCUGUUUCUAUACAUCGACCGCUACCCGACGGAUCCUCCUUAUCUCAAAAUCUUCGUCGUAUCCCUCUUUGCUCUGGAUGUCAUCAAUUCGGUCUUCGUAAUGGUCUGGACAUAUAAUAUGUUGAUAGACAACUUUAUGAACCCGGCGGCAUUCGGUGGAGCCGAUUGGAUUGUCUGCACCGAUCCGGUGCUCUCAGGCCUCAUGGCGUCCAUGGUUCAAGGUUUCUUCUCCUGGAGGGUCUGGGUAUUGACGAGAAAUCCAUUUUAUUUCGGGUUUGUCGUUCUAUGUGCCAUAGCUUCAACAGCUGGUGGAAUAGGGACAGGAAUAUAUGCGGCCAUCAUUAUGGAUUUCAGCAAAUUUCGGAAGAUCAAGGCGGUCGCACUCAUCUGGCUGAUAUCCGGCGCAUUAGGAGAUUUGGCUAUUACUCUGAUCAUCACAAGUUAUUUGCGCAAAGCUAGGGGAACAUUCCCUAGGACAGACCGCCUUCUGAGAAAGCUUAUAAGGCUAACAAUGCAAAAUGGUCUCUUGACAUCCUUACUCGCCGUUGUCGAUUUUAGUCUGUACCUCGCUUCGAACAAGCCUUACUAUUUUGGAAUUGCGUUCCUCAUACCGAAACUGUAUACUAAUUCCGGUGCAUUGUCAUUGUCUUCAUUCCAUCAUGCCCGAAACUUACUCUCACCGCCAGCUCUUUCAAGUCUGAAUGCAGUUUGUGAUACAUCCGUGUUUUGUCUGUCGCUUUUUCUCAGGAACUUUCUAGCGCGCUGUAAAGUACUCGACUACUGACGACUCGGAGCGAUCCUCACAUCAGCGAAUGACGACGGAGCCUAGGUUUUGGAAUGGCGCGG